AAAAAGUCAAAUUGCUGUGAAAAAAAAAAAAUUAGGCAUUAGUUUCCUCCUCGAACAGCAUUUGGAUAGUUCUAUGAUUGGCAUGCCUUGGUCUUGCAUGCCUGUCGAGUCAAAACUCAUUAUUAUUAAUUGUGUUACAUGCUCUUCUAGCAAGGCCAGCAUAUAUAUAUAUAAAACCGAAACCUAUACCUAACGCAUCAUAGAUCUAUAGAAUACCAAUUGCUAAAUUCUCCAUUUUCUGCUUUUCUCUCUAUAUUUAUAUACCCUUUUGGCCUCACAAAGGAACCAAGACAAGAAGGUAGCAUAUAGAUGGAGGGUCUUCUGCCUCUGGUUUACAAAGCAAUCAAGAAACGCAAGACUCGCAGGCAAUACCAGUGUCUUUCUUCAGGGGCUGCUCUAAGCUACAACAUGAACGUGGCUGAGUUCUACCCUCAAACUCAUGAUCAUGGCCAUGGCUAUAAUUACAUGCAGGAGCCUUCAACUUCAAUGCAAAAAGUGGUUGAUCAUGAUGAUGAUGAUACAGAAAACAUUGGUUAUCUGCGAUACAAUUCUGUUAGAGAAUUCUCUAAUGGGUUCUCUUCGCCUCAUCAACAAAGAACCUGUGCCGCUGACUCACCCGAUUCGAAGCAACUCGUCAGGUUUAGGAGUCAGAAAUUAUUUUCAUGCCUCGCUGGUUAAUUUACGUACAAGGUGCAUCCUCUGUACGUAUGACUGUGAUAUAUAUAUAUAUAUCGUGUAUGUUGCAAUUGUAAUUAAAGACACUGGUGUGGCAACAAUUCAGCUAAAUUUGUGCUCGAUGUAGGUUUCAUGUGUUGAUUAGAUAUUAAUUAAUGAAAAAUAAUGUUAUUUUUGUGUGUUUA